AUGGCUGAUUAUGAUGAUGUCCCCGCUUCUCUUGAGGAAAUGAGUGUUCCUCUCGCAGAAGACUAUAAUGCUACUCAUGAAGCCGAACAACAAGAAAACAAAGUUUUGCCAAGUGCAUUUUUAAACGCUAACGAAGUUGUUCCAGAUACUAUCUUGUAUAAAGUCCCAUCAGCUAGACCUAGUAUCAAGGAUAUCAGACGCGCGUCAAUCAUGGAAGAAAAUCCUGGCAGUCAGCAAACAUUUGAAGUUACCAAGCCAGAACCAAAGAAGAAAUUCAAAUUUAAAUCAAUAUCUUUCGGCAUUAUGCUCGGUGUUUAUAUUCCGACAGUCUUAAACCUUAUUUGCAUCAAUUAUAACGUUGAUAUCGCCAAAACCAUCGAAAGAUUCGGUCUUGGAUAUGGACUCUUAUUGUUUGCUGUUUAUACUUUGAUUGCCUAUGGUACUCUUUCAAGCAUUUCCGCACUUGCAACAAAUGGUGAGAUGCAGAAAGGCGGUUGCUACUAUUUGAUCUCAAGAUCGCUUGGACCGACAUAUUCUGGUGCAAUUGGUAUCAUUCUGAUCAUUGGUCACGCUGCAUCAAUAAGUUCAAACUUUUAUAACCUCGGAAACAUCAUUUCUACCCUCUACUCACCAUAUACGAUGACAAAGUCUAGAUAUGGAGACUCUAUCUUGAUACAAUUCUUAUCAUGUACUGUUGUUUUGAUGUUACAAUUUCUAGGUGUAAAAUUCUUAGUUAUUCUUCUCGCUUUGCUCGGUGGUGUCUUAACUGUUGGCGUUGGCUUCCUUUACGCAGGCUUUAUUACUAACAAACCAGCACCAAAUUCAUUUUACCAAGGUUUCAGCGCGAAACUCUUUAAACAGAACUGGAAACCAGCAGGAACUUCUUUCGAUCUUUCAUUGUUCUACUUAUUCUCUUCUUGCAACGGAAUUAUUACAAUUGCAGAUUAUUCCGGCAGUUUAAGCCCCACAAAACAAGCUAUUCCUAUUGGCGGAUACUCAGCGCUAAUUACUUCCUCAGUAUUCUUCUUACUUAUGCUAUUUUUAAUUUCUGAUCUGGCAAUUUCGAACAUUUACCUGAUUCACCAGCCGCUUUCAUGA